UUUGUUUUUCACUUAGUGUUAAAAAAAAUAAAGAAUGUGAUGGAUGGAAAAAACGACACAGCUGUGACCUAUUUCAUGCUGGUUGGGCUUUCAGAGCACCCCAGGGCUCAGGCCAUCUUCUUCUGUCUGCUCCUGAUGUCCUAUCUUGUCACCUUGCUGGGAAACACUCUUAUUCUCUUCUUGAUCCACUAUGAUUCCCAUCUCCACACACCCAUGUAUUUCUUUCUCAGCAACCUGUCCUUCCUGGAUAUCUGCUACACUUCAGCGACUGUCCCUCAGACGAUCAUUAACUGUUUAGUUAGAAUUCCCAUCAUCUCCCUUGGCCAGUGCUUGGCACAGAUGUGUGCUGGCCUCUACUUGGGGGUUGUGGAAUGCCUCCUGCUGGCUGUCAUGGCCUAUGACCGUUGCAUAGCCAUUGGUGACCCUUUACGCUACUCAGUGAGGAUGAGUGCCCAGCUCUGUGCCCAGCUGGCAGGAGCAUCCUGGAUCUCAGCUUUUCUUCUCACAGUGGUUCCGGUCCUGACCAUGCCACUAGAGUUUUGUGGCCAGCACAUCAUCAACCACUUCUCUUGUGAACUCUUGGCCAUCCUCAAACUUGCUUGCAAUGAUCUGCGCAUCUAUGAAUUGUUGAUUAUGGUGACCAGUUCCCUGACUCUGUUGGCACCUUUUGCCUUCAUCCUUGCCUCCUAUGGGCGCAUUCUUGGGGCUGUGCUGAAAAUGCGUUCAGCUGAGGGUAGAAAGAAGGCUUUCUCCACCUGUAGCUCCCACCUCACUGUGGUAAUUAUCUUCUAUGGGACAGCAAUCUCCAUGUACAUGAUGCCCCAGGACAAAGCCAGCAGGGACAGGGACAAGAUUAUCUCCAUGCUCUAUGGUGUUGUGACACCCAUGCUCAACCCCCUUAUCUACAGCCUUCGGAACAAAGAUGUGAAAGGGGCCUUACAGAAACUAUUGGGAGAGAAGAAUGUCCCCUAG